AUGACGGCUCUGAGGAAAACCUCUCUGGUGACACGGGCUCCCUCUGCCGCUGCUGUGGGGGCUGUGACCCUGCAGUUGCUUCGUUGUCCAGCUGCAACAGGGGCCUUCAAGAAGACGGCGGAUGGAACCCCAGGACGAACUGGACCAGGCGGCUCUGCCGAAGCUGUGGCCGCCUCCUCCAGCUGCAAACCGCUCACCUUCUGGAACAAGAUCACUCUGCUCCUUGCUAAGGACGCAGGCAGCACCCAGAUCAGGAGCAGCAGCAUCCACCUCGAGCCAGCCAUCGGACCCCAGGCCUACGGUGGACAUGGCGACCAUGUGAACCCCAUGGUCGUGUACAUGAUGGCAGUAUUUCUGGUGUCCUGGCCGCGUGCCACCGCCAGUCCUGCUGCCUUUGCCCCACUCGCCGGCUGCUUGCGGUCUGACACGGUGACCAGCCCGGGGCCAGCGGAAAGCCCUGGGUGGCCCGUGCCUGUGACCCCCGCUCGGGGAGGAGCCUCCCGCCGGCAGCAGCUCCAGCGGGCCGGGGACAAGGCUCUCCCCGCACCACAGGCGACCGGCGAGCGGGAGCUGCUUCCCCAAGAGGAUUCACAGCCUCCUCCCGGGGUCGCCUCCGGAGCCGGCGCCGCCCUGCCCCGCAGGUACGUGUUCAUUGUGCAGAAAAGCUACCAGGACAGCGAGACGGGCCCCGAGAGCUCCGUCAUCACCAAAGUCAAGGGCAUCACCACGUCCGAGCACAAAGUGUGGGACGUGGAGGAGUACGUGAAGCCCCCCGAGGGGGGCAGCGUGUUCAGCGUCAUCACCAGGAUCGAGGUCACCCCCUUCCAGACUCAGGGAACCUGCCCCGAGAGCGCGAGAGUCCACAACGCCACCUGCCACUCGGACGAUGACUGCGCGGCUGGGGAGCUGGACAUGCUGGGGAACGGGCCGCGGACUGGGCGCUGCGUGCCCUAUUACCACGGGUCCUUCAAGACCUGCGAGAUCUCCGGCUGGUGCCCGGUGGAAGACGGCGCCGCUCUCAGCCAAUUUCUGGGUAAGAUGGCCCCAAAUUUCACCAUCCUCAUCAAGAACAGCAUCCACUACCCCAAAUUCCACUUCUCCAAGGGCAACAUCGCAAACCGCAAGGACCAGUACCUGAAGCACUGCACGUUCGACGAGGUCUCUGACCUCUACUGCCCCAUCUUCAAGCUGGGCUUCAUCGUGGAGCAGGCUCGGGAGAACUUCACAGAGCUCGCGCACAAGGGCGGCGUCAUUGGGGUCAUCAUCAACUGGGACUGUGACCUGGACCUCUCUGCAGCAGAGUGCAACCCCAAAUAUUCCUUCCGGAGGCUUGACCCUAAGCACGUCCCCGCCUCCUCGGGCUACAACUUCAGGUUUGCCAAGUAUUACAACUUAAACGGCACCACGACCCGCACGCUCAUCAAAGCCUACGGGAUCCGCAUUGAUGUCAUCGUGCACGGACAGGCAGGGAAGUUCAGCCUGAUUCCCACCGUCAUUAAUCUGGCCACAGCUCUGACCUCCAUCGGGGUGGGCUCCUUCCUGUGCGACUGGAUCUUGCUAACGUUCAUGAACAAAAACAAGGUCUACAGCCAUAAGAAAUUUGACAAGGUGUGUACACCAAGGCACCCCUCAGGUAGCUGGCCUGUGACCCUUGCCCUUGUUUUGGGCCAGGCCCCGCCCCCACUGGGUCACUGCUCUGAGGACCGGCCAUCCAGCCCUCCAUCAGCCCUCAGUCCAGGAGAGCUGACCUUGGGACAAGGGGCAGAGCUAGGCCCAGCCGUCCUGCCCCCACGACCUUGUCCCCUCUCUGCCCCAUCCGAGAGGAUGGUGGACGCUCCCAAUCAGAGUGUAGGACAAAAGUUUCCCACCUCCAAGUCUUCCCAGCAGGAUUCCACACCCACGGACCCCAAAGGUCUGGCCCAACUUUGAGCUUCCUGUCCUUCCCAUCACACUGCACUACAGACCUAGGCUCAGCAGGGUCACAGAGACAGAGUCCCCAACUGCCCCGGCAGCCCCACUGGGGACCUGGCACAGCGGACCUGGGCCCCUGCCCAGCCACCUCAACAGCCAAGUGUUUCCAUGAGACUGGGAAUCAAGGACCCCCGUGCAAGAGGAUAAGGGGACCACGCUUCUGCUGCUGAGACCCAUCCUCCACUUACCCCCAGCCUCACCAAAGUCUGUAGGGAGAGGCACAUUCCCGCCACCCCCUCCCACCAGCUGAUCACCCCACAGGCUCCUCAGCCCUUUCCUGCCCACCCACCACCCUCUCACACUGCUACCUGAGUGCUGAGGGACUCUGCCCCUGCUCUUGGGGCCCCAGGGAAGCUGCUCUUCGCCCCUUCUGCACAAGCUUUGUCACUUGAACUCUGCCUGGACCUUUCCUCAAGAAGUCACAACAUGCUCAGAGUCCAAUAAACCUGUGAUCAGAA